CCUCUCUCACCCUAUUUCUCUCUCUCUCUCUCUCUCUCUCUCUCUCUCCGUCCAAAUGAACUCCUUAAUUAGCUCUCCAAAUUUGCUAAAGCCAAAAUCUUUGGAUUCAAAAAGAUCUUGGUUUGAUUCUACCCACAGAUGAGGAGUUAUAUUGACAGGUAACUGUUUUUGAUGAUAAAUUAUCCAACUCAGAUACGGUUUUUUCAAAUUACCUUAGCGAGCGAAGUCAAUUUACGAAUCUGACAUGACAGCUUCUCCUAUAAAGCAUUCGGCCGCUAACAUAUCCAUGCAAUCCUCUAAACAGUACGGAUACCCAGAUAACUCCCAGAAACCAUACUAUGAUCGUAAACCCAUGUCGGUUACAGAAGAGGAGUUGCAUUAUGUGCCACAAAAUCACCAAGAUCUACACUAUCUAUCCUCCGAUGAUAAUUCCCAGAGAGGGAGUAUUCCGCCUCAGAAACCAAGUCAAGAGCAAUACUGCACUCUUGAGUCAUCUUUGGCUCCUCCUGUUUGUACGAAACAGAAUUCGCCACCAUCUUCUGUUAGCUUUUCUUCUUCGAGUGGGAGCCCACAUUCUCAGCAGGAUAGUCAAUCGGACAAUACCUACGGGUCCCCUAUAAGUGUUUCGUGUAUUACCGAGGAUCCACAUGAUCUAAAGAACAAAUUACGGGAAAUAGAGACUGCAAUGCUUGGACCAGACUCAGAUAAUAUAGUUAACAGCUUUGAAACCUCCUUUGCAAGCCAUCUCUCUCUCGAACCUGAGAAGUGGAAGCAAGUGCUUGAAAUCCCUAAAGGAGAUUUGAAGCAGGUGCUUAUAGCUUGUGCUCGAGCUAUGGCCGAGGAGGACUUUUUCGUGGUGGAAUGGCUUAUGUCUGAGCUAAGGCCGAUGGUUUCAGUCUCUGGGGAGCCGAUCCAACGGUUGGGAGCCUACUUGUUGGAAGGGCUUGUGGCUCGGCGAGCCUCCUCGGGUAGUUCGAUAUACAAAGCUUUGAAGUGCAAAGAACCCACAAGUUCUGACCUCCUUUCGUACAUGCACAUCCUUUAUGAAGCAUGUCCCUACUUCAAAUUUGCGUACAUGUCGGCAAACGGCGCGAUUGCAGAGGCUCUUAAAGGGGAGAACAUGGUCCACAUUAUUGAUUUCCAGCUCGCGCAGGGCACCCAGUGGGUGUCUCUAAUUCAGGCCCUCGCAGCAAGGCCCGGUGGGCCACCACGCGUCAAAAUCACUGGCAUCGAUGAUUCAGUUUCCGCUUACGCGCGAGGCGGUGGGCUUAAUCUAGUGGGCCACAGGCUAUCUCGACUUGCCGAGUCAUGCAAUGUGCCGUUUGAAUUCAACGCUGCUGCUAUGUCAGGGUGUGAAGUGGAGCGCGAACAUCUCGCGGUGCGGCCGGGGGAAGCAUUGGCUGUGAACUUUCCGUUUAUGCUUCAUCAUAUGCCUGAUGAGAGUGUGAGCACUGCGAAUCACCGGGACAGGCUUUUGAGAUUGGUGAAGAGUCUCAAUCCAAAGGUGGUGACCCUUGUGGAGCAAGAAUCCAACACAAAUACAGCUCCGUUCUUCCCGAGAUUCUUGGAAACUCUAGAUUACUACACGGCUAUCUUUGAAUCGAUUGAUGUGACUCUCCCUAGAGAACAUAAAGAUCGAAUCAGUGUAGAGCAGCAUUGCUUGGCGAGAGACAUAGUCAAUAUUAUAGCUUGCGAGGGCCCAGAAAGGGUGGAAAGGCACGAGCUUUAUGGGAAAUGGAGGGCACGGUUCAUGAUGGCUGGGUUUAAGCCUUACCCGUUGAGCUCGUUGGUGAACGCCACGAUUAAGACGCUGCUGCAGAGCUACUGCACGAGUUAUAGCCUCGAAGAGAGAGACGGCGUGCUUUAUCUCGGGUGGCUGGAUAGACCGUUGGCCGUGUCUUGCGCUUGGAGGUGAAGUUCUUCUGAUCUGACUUUGUGACCAAGUAUAGUUAAAGAAUUUUCACUUUGUUGCCGUUGUCGUCGUCGUCGUCGUCGUCAUGUACCAGUCUUAAGUAUCUUUAGCUGUUUCGGUUUUUAGAAGUUAGGACCAAUCUCUGUAUUGUAAUCUAAUCGUAGAUUGUGACAUCGAACUUGAUGUUAGUAACAUGGAGCUUGGAAAAGUAUGUUGUUCUGCAGUACUUUAACGUUCUCUUCGUCCGCCGUUUGUUGCAUUUGCUUUUGUUGCAUUGGCUUUUGAA